AUGAAUAAUAGUAUAAAACGUCGGAAAGCUGAUGUGAAACGACUGGAAAAAAAGCAUAUUUGUCAGACUUGUAGUGCGAGGUUUCCUUUUCCGAAUAAAUUGCGUCUGCAUAUCAAAUCAAAUCAUUCCCGUAAGUUCUUUGCAAAGUGUCAAGCUUUAUGUCUAGCACAUGCUUGUGAAUUGUGUCCCUUGCGUUUCAAUCGCUUCAAUGAACUACGUACACACAUGUGCCAUGCUCAUAAGAUCAUUCAUUCGUGUCACCUUUGUACAUAUUCAUCUGGUGUUAAGGCAGAGUUAAAGAAACAUGUAAUCAGAUGCCACGAAAGUGGUGUGCGUUGCACUAUUGGUGGGUGUACAGCAGUAGUAGCUUACAAUAGAUUAAGACGACAUAUUAGUGAAGUUCAUUGUGCAGGAAAACGAAAUAUUCAAAGCAGUUCAAAUGAAGAAAACGAUCAGGCAUUGAAAAUCCCUGCAGUUACUGAAAGUCACUCUGAUGAAGAAAUCACUGAUGCAAAAUCCGUGUCAACAGUUGAAGAAUCUGGCUUCGAAAGCAAUACAUCUGAAGAUAAUUCGGUUGUUUCCUCCUGUCAGCCUUCAGUGGAUCAGGUAAAUGCGCAAAACCUGCAAAUUAAUGAAAAAGAAAGGCUGAAUACAGCAACAGUAGCUGAAACUAAUUAUAGUGUUCUGCAUGGUGAAGUUGAAUUUAAUCAAGUAUGUCAAAGAAAAGUGGAUUAUUCAGAUAAAGGUGAGAGUGGAAAUUCGUUGGCAUCUAUUAAAACACAAAAAACUGAACAAAAGGAUACUAUGAUUUCAUUUGCUUCAACAGAAUCAGGCAAAUAUUCGUGCCCAGAGUGUAAGAAAGCCUUUCAGUGUGUUAAGCAGUCGAGACAGCACUGGAAUCGCACACAUCGCGAAAAAAGAUCAAAAUUGAAAACUCAUGGGUGUGAAGUUUCAGAGUAUGCCAAACGCUUGUUGGGCCAUUCAGAACUUCAAGGUUACGUAUCUGCUGCUUAUAAUCAACAAACUUCGUAUACUUGUUCAACAUGUAUCAAGGAGUUCAGUAGUCGGGCUCAAUUUGCUAUUCACUUACAGCGAUAUCAUUUAGUGAGCAUUCGUGAUGUGCCACAUGGUUUCUCUGACGAAACUAAUGUCAGUGGCAGUCAUGCUGUUAACGGAUUACAUACUAACCUUCAAAAUGUUAUGCUUAAGAGGAGAGAUAUUCCUGCAUAA